AUGGAGACUCCCGAUUUUUUUCGGUACAAUGAAAUUUUCCACAAUUAUUCUGAGGAUAAGAAGGGGGUAUACGACGUGGUGGGAACCGUUUCGGAGGGGGACGAUAGCGCGGGCCAAGGCGAGAAAUGUGCUAACCUGGACCAACAGAAGAAAAAUGCUAACCAGAACCAAAGCGAAAAAGAGGCUAAUCCGGACCCAAACGAGGGCAGUGUUGACCAGGACCAACGUCUGAACAGUGUUGACCCAGACCAGCGCCUCCCCGGCACGGGGAGCCGCAAAAACGAAGGGAGCCUGAUCUACCACUACGAGUACAAGUUUCACCAAGACGAGAAGCUGUGGAGCAAAUUUUUCGAGGAGUUCACAUUCCACAUUUUUCGCAAGUUAAUAAAAACGAGUAACAAGGCAAAAAAAGUCAUCGUGCUCUUGAACAUGUUCAUCCCCACGGUAAUUAAAUAUUCCCUGUGCAAAAGUUUGAUCGAAAAUUAUGAAUAUGCCUCUAUCUCGUACAUAAACGACUUAGUGUCGCCGCUGUUCUUGUGCAACUGCAACACGUGUGUGGUGAUCGACCUGGGUUACUUGAGCUGUCGGUUGCUGCCCGUAAUGAAUGGCAUGCCAUUAUAUCACCAUUACGCGUAUGUAGACAAUGGGGGGUUUUACAUCAAUAUGGAAAUUAAAAGGUUACUGAAGGAGCAGUAUGUGAGAAGGGCUCGAAGGAGGAAAGCUGUGGACGAUUGGGAAGCUUCAAGUGCUUCAUUUGUACAAGGCAAUGAUGGGGACAUCGUUGCCAAUACACAGAGCCCAGAUGAUGAUUAUAAGGCAACUCCCCACGAAGAAAAAAAUACGGAGGGAGAAAAAGGAGAAAGAGAGACCUCGCAUGAACUACUUAAUUAUUACCUAGAUUUAUAUCCACUGGAGGAAAUAUUAAACGUCAUCGACAGUAUGCCAGAUGAUGAAAUAGAAAAUAUGAAAAUAAAAUUUUUUUAUUUAAAAAAUGAAGAAACCAAAUUGUAUAGCAACAAAAUGGUCUUGUAUGAAUUUCAAAAUUACGAAAUUCUCGUAGAGGCAGAUACUAGGUGGAUGGCCUGCGAAAUAUUAUUUACGAAAGAUUAUGAGCAAAAUAUAAAUUCUAUGUUCGCAUCCAUACUGUCUAAAUUACACAUGUUUGAGUUUUCCGCUUUCCACAAUGUGCUGCUGGUUGGUGGAUGCAGUAACAUCAAGGGGAUCAUUUCGAAAAUUGCUCAAUCCCUUUUCCAAGCAUUACGUGAGAAAAAAAAGACAUCCGUGAAAGAUUUGGAAAAUAGAGUUAACUUUCUCUUUCCAAAGAUAUCCCCCAACUUGCGCCAAUUCAUAGGGGCCUCCAUCUGCUCGAAUUUGGAAAAUCUGCCCGACUACACGCAGGAGCAUGUUCAUAAUAAUGUGCUGUACGACCACCUGAAUGAAGACGUCUACUUCACCUUUAAGCGGUGA